AGAUUUUCACUUUUCACGUUUCCGCUCUAGAGAAAAAAUUUCAUGAUCGACCCCCAGGAACAGAAAACAAACGGAUUGUCUGAACUGAACUGAAAGACGAGUACUAAUUUUACUUAACCUAACUUGUACAAAAACGCGUCAAAUAAGUUUAAUUUUAUCGAAAUUCGUGCUUAUUAUGACUAACUCAAUGGCAAUGAUAUGCAAUAUUCUUGGAAUAGACAGGAUAUCAAUGGAUAAUAAAACAAUUCUAAUCGAGGAACGGCAUGGUACUAACGCGAAUUUCUUAGUGAACGCCAUUUUAUCGCAAGCAUUGAAAAAGUUGGAUGCCACUGUUUGUUUCGUUCUUUGUCACAAUACCUUCGGUCACUACCACAACAUUGGCAUGCGACUCGGUUACAAUCUUCUCGAUUUAAAGGAAAAGGGCCAAGUCACCAUUGUCGAGCCGAUGAAAAUUAUAUUUAAUAAUAUCGCUGAUACGUGUAAGGAUUCUAUAAAUCAAAUGAAAACAAUGAUUCCAGAUGUCACGUCUAUGAAACAUAUAGAUAUCGCACAUCAACUCUUUGUACACGUAAAAGAAAAAUACGACGAAGCGGCAAAGACAAACAAAUCCGUCGUUCUCAUAAUCGAUGAUCUGAGCCAUCUUUUUGAUCUUGGUCUUGAUGUACGCGACACCAUGUAUUUUAUAAGAUACUUGAGAUCGUUUAUAUCGACGUAUCCCUUGUCGCAACUUUGCAUUCUUAUACAUGUACAUCAAAAAAAUCUGCUGACUUCGAAUACAGACAUAGUUAAUGUCUUGAAGCAUGCAGCACAUCUGUAUAUUACGACACAAUCAUUUAAGACGGGACACUCUAGCGACGCAUCUGGUAAAUUGAUUGUUCGUUGGAAAACAGAUUCUAUCAGGUCCAAAUAUCACUGGGCAGAGAAAACAACAUAUCUAUUUAAACUGUUGGAUUGGCAAGUGAAGAUUUGUACGCCUGGUGCAGUAUCUAUCCUGUCAUAAAUAAUAACUUUAUUUACUAAUCAAUUUUUGAUAAUCUUUUUUUAAUGUAAUUUUUGUUAUAUAUUUGUUGUAUAUUGAAAUAGAUUAAGGAAUUAGAGAAUCAAUUUUCUGUUCUUUAUUAAUCUACAUAGAGUGUAAAUAAAUAUGUAACAAAUAUUCUAAGUUUUCCAAUUAAACAUUAAAAAAAUUCACAAGUCGGUAUUCGUAGUCGAUUCGUAUUUCAAGACUAUCUUAAGUAAUGCCUUAAAUGCCUCUUAAUAUGGUUGAUGGGUUGACAUCUUAAGAUUGUACUUGAUCUUAAAUAUAAGUCCCGGUCUACAAUAGGAGUAGUGAGCCUUAAGUUUUUUGCACUAAGUAGUAGUCUUAAGCAAUAAGCUGUGAUAAACGAUCUCACAUCACACUCGUCUACAAUGUGCCCGAGGCGUAAUCCACAGUGUCAAUGAGCGAAGGCAAAAUAUUGUAGGUUAUGUGUUCCGUUUGUGGUUCGAAUAUAGAUAAUACUAUCAUAUUACCUAUCAUUGCUUUAACACUGCUUACUUCCACAAUGUACGCACUUUUUACCUGUCAAUUUACUAUGGAAGUUUGUUUGGAUCUAACUCUUAAACUUAAGAGUUGAGACUUGGCCAACUUGCUUAAAGCUUAGAGAUUAAAGUUUAAGGUAGCGCGGAAAACAGUUUUUGCCGGAAAUUACGUCAUAGCAUAGAGUUUAGAGCAAAAAAUUUAAGGCUUACUACACCUAUUGUAGACCGGGCCUAACAAGGAGAGGACCCGAUAAUAAUCUCGCCGAUUUUAAUAAAAUUUUAUGGGUGUAUAGUAUUCACUCACAUCUUUAUUGUAGUAAAGCCGUUUGUUGCACAACUUAGGCAUUCUCGAGAAAAUGACGAUUAAAUUCCAGCAUUUUAUAAUACCGUUACAGAAGAACGAUUUUCGAGCAAGUGUCAUUGCGUAAGGCAUUAGGACGUUAACUGGUACGCUUGGGAUUUCAGGUUCGAUCCCCGCGGGUGCGAUUUUUUUUUAUUUCAUAUUUUUUGUUAUAUAUAAUUUUUAAAUCGUUUUUAAUUAUUUAAUACAAAAUGUUAUUUUUAAAAAAUAAAGAAAUUUAAAAAUG